GGCAGUGAUGUGGCUGAGUUACGGCGGAGCGAUAUUAUUUCUGUAAAACAAAGAGAUGCGUUAAAUCGGGGGAGAGAGAGAGCCAUGAAUAGUGUGUGAGCCGAGACGUAUGUCACAUAGUAGGCCUAAUGGACUUCUUUGUAUAAAACACGAAAUUUAACCCCAAAUAUAAUAACGUUAGGAUCAAUCACUGAACACUUCAACGGAAUUAAAGUCUGGGAGAACAUGGAGAAGAAACGGUGGGAGUGCUCGGCUCUCCCCAAGGGCUGGCAAAUUGAAGAAGUGACCAGAAAGUCGGGUUUGUCUGCGGGGAAAAGCGAUGUCUAUUAUUAUAGCCGAGGUAAGGAAGAAGAAGAAGAGGAGGAGGAGAGGCGAGAAAGGGGGGAGGCGGGUCGGUUGUAUAGUUUGUGUCCAACCGGGAAGAAGUUUCGGAGCAAGCCUCAGCUGGCUCGUUACCUUGGCAACCAGAUGGACCUUAGCUCCUUCGACUUCCGCACAGGGAAGAUGCUCAUGAGUAAACUGAACAAGAACAGGCAGAGACUGCGCUAUGACAACAACAAUCAGACCAAGGGCAAGCCAGACCUGAACACAUCACUCCCCGUCAGACAGACUGCUUCCAUCUUUAAGCAGCCUGUCACCAAGGUUACUAACCACCCCAGCAACAAAGUCAAGACAGAUCCACAGAAAGCCGUGGAUCAGCCGAGACAGCUUUUCUGGGAGAAGAAGCUCGGUGGUCUCAAUGCGUUUGACAUCGCAGAGGAGCUAGUGAAGACAAUGGACCUGCCUAAAGGUCUGCAAGGAGUUGGACCUGGAUGUACAGACAAGACUCUACUGUCAGCGAUAGCCAGCGCCCUGCACACCAGUGCAGCCCCCAUCACCGGUCAGCUGUCUGCAGCCGUGGAGAAGAACCCAGGGGUGUGGCUCAACACGACCCAGCCCCUCUGCAAGGCUUUCAUAGUCACUGACGAGGACAUCAGGAAGCAGGAGGAGCUGGUGUACAGUGUGAGGAAGAAGCUGGAGGAGGCUCUAAUGGCGGACAUGUUGGCUCAUGUGCAGGAAGCAGCCAGCGAGGGCGACUCACUCGAUGAAGGCAAUGACGACAUGGAGACUGUAUAGCAGAGGGUGAUGGGGUGUUAUAGAGUAGUCUGGAUGGGUUUUCAACUCCUUCUCACAGGACAAUGAAACCCGGAACCCUGUACCAAUCCAAC